UCAUCAUCAUCACUACCAUCAUCACCAUCAUCAUCACUAUCAUCACCAUCAUCAUCACUACCAUCAUCACUACCAUCACUACCAUCAUCACUAUCAUCACUACCACCAUCAUCAUCACCAUCAUCAUCACUACCAUCAUCACUACCAUCAUCACUACCAUCAUCAUCAUCACUACCAUCACCAUCAUCACCAUCAUCAUCACUACCAUCAUCACUAUCAUCACUACCAUCAUCACUACCAUCAUCACUACCAUCAUCACUACCAUCAUCACUACCAUCAUCACUACCAUCAUCACUACCAUCAUCACUACCAUCAUCACUAUCAUCACUACCAUCAUCACUAUCAUCACUACCAUCAUCACUACCAUCAUCACUAUCAUCAUCACUACCAUCAUCACUACCAUCAUCAUCAUCAUCACUACCAUCAUCACUAUCAUCAUCACUACCAUCAUCACUACCAUCAUCACUACCAUCACCAUCAUCACUAUCAUCAUCACUAUCAUCAUCACUACCAUCAUCACUAUCAUCAUCAUCAUCAUCACUACCAUCAUCACUAUCAUCACAACCAUCAUCACUAUCAUCAUCAUCAUCACCAUCAUCACUACCAUCAUCACUAUCAUCAUCACUACCAUCAUCAUCAUCAUCACUACCAUCAUCACCAUCAUCAUCACUACCAUCAUCAUCACUACCAUCAUCACCAUCAUCAUCA